AUGUUCUCCUUUUUUCGUGGCAGACGACUCAGGCUCCCUCCAGACCUCUCUGUUUUCGUCUCCCCUCAAUUUCGGACUUCUGAAAAUGCAAUCUUUUCAAGGCCGUUCACCUCCGGGAAACCACCGCCAGGUGUUCGCGAAAAUGACUCCGAGAAAUCCUUCACCUUCUCCUACCUCGUCAGCUCAUGCGGGUUGGCCCCAGACGCCGCCGUCCGCGCCUCCAGUAAACUCCAGCUGAAAUCGCCUGAAAAUCCAGACGCCGUCUUGAAUCUCCUCAGAGAGUACGGAUUCACGGCCGCCGACAUCUCUAUGAUGGUCUCCCGGUGGCCGACCAUUCUCUCUGCCUACCCAGACAAAACCCUUUUGCCCAAGCUCGAAUUUUUCGCCUCCAUUGGCGUCCCCCUCCCCAUCCUGGCCAGCAGGCUGUCCCGGAACCCUUCCAUCUUAUGGCGCAGCCUUGAGAGCUCAAUCAUCCCCUCAUAUGAUUUCCUGAAAAACCUGCUCGGAUCUGAUGAGGGGGCCGUUAAAGUCUUUAAACGGGCUCCCCAGUUCUUCGCCAGGGGCUGGGUCGACGACCUCUCGUCCAACUUGUCGUUUCUUGUCGACUGCGGGGUCCCUCGGCCAUCUCUCGUCUCACUCUUCACGUACCAGCCAACAAUACUCAUGGCUCCUCAGGAGAAGUUAUCCUUGUGCGUGGAUCGAGCAAGAGAAAUGGGGUUUGACGUGACCAGUAAUACAUUCUUGAUAGCCAUUCGGGUUUUGGGUUUUGAGGAGUCGAUCCUCAAGAGAAAGAUGGAGAUUUAUAGAAAGUGCGGCUGGUCGGAAUCCGACAUCAAGACCGCCUUUCUGAGGCAGCCGCUUUGUAUGGCCUUGUCCGAGAAGAACAUAUUGAAGAGUAUGGCUUUUCUUGUCGAUAAAUUUGGGUAUGCACCAGGUUACAUGGCUCGGCGUCCUUUGCUUCUUGGGUUCAGCGUCGAAAAGAGAUUGAAGCCGAGGUGGGCAGUUGCUAUGGUUUUGAGAGAGAAAGGGCUGACGAAUGUGGCCUUCACGUCCUUGCUUACAGUGUCCGAGAAGACUUUCUUGAAGAGAUAUAUCGAGAAGUACGAGAAGGAUGUUCCGGAACUUCUGGACAUUUAUCGAGGUAAUCAAAUCCUGGCCCGCACCUCCUGA